CGCGGCGGUUCCAGGCACGUCUCCGAAAGGGUUUGCUGCUCCAGAUGCGUUUUCGUUCCAUUGGGUUGGGUCCCGACGAAGAUUUUGCCUGUAUAUUCGAGGUCAGUCAGCGAGCGACCGGGUUCAAGGGCGAUAUCGUUAAAGCCGUGUGGGACCCUUCCGGAGAAUCCCGUCCAUGGCGUAGUUAAAUGGGAUGAGUGACGGAGUACAACCUUGUAUAUCUCCAGGCAGGAUAUCAACGGCUGUAGAUGGUUGUUGUGUACCUGAAGUCUAACAUUGGUGGAGCGAUACUUCGCGACAUUCCGUCCAGAUGGACGAAAUUGGACGCAGCAUCAAAGCCAAUAAAGGGGGCCAUCGUUUGCUAAUAGUGGUGGCGGCGGCGAAAAACGCUGCAGUCUGAAUAUUUGAUCCGUACAUCCAUAUCCAGCUCAAAACCCGACUUUCAUAUGUCUCGUCCUCGGGUUGCGCACACUGAAAAUGCUCGAGAAUCAAAGUGGCGAAGACCUUUGCAGUGGCGCAAAUAGAGCUUAUGUGGCGGGCACAAGGAUACCCGAACCUCAGCCAUCAUGAGCUAGCUUAAUCUCCCGCUUGUUUAACCGGCUUCUGGCUCCAGGGCACCAGUGUCGACAUGAAACUUGCGCAUUGGCAAUUAUACCGUCCUCUUUCGGGUCCGUCUUGUAACGCGCUGCACUUGUCAGUGCCGAGUACCUAUCUUCAACUUUUUAACUAGUUUAGUACACUUUUCGAGUGUUGAUGACGUUCGGCAGCUGCCCCAUGGAGGUUACCAUUUCUGUACAAUAGUUUUGAGGCCACCUCUGGCCGGCUUUGCCGUCAUCUUCUGGAGCUGGUGGGAAAAAAUCAUUCUUACCGCAUCCGGAGUUGUCCGGGUUUGAGCUGAUCCGGUCAUUGCCGCGCGGCUGAGUCAAUCCGAGAAUUAUCCCAACUGUUCCGUGGACUGAGAACCUGAAUAUUGGUUGUUUAUAAAUGCCCCACCCUUCGAUUCAGACUGCAAAGCGCUGGGUUGUCAUAAUAUUGCAACAAUAAGGCCUCCCACACAUGGCAAUUCGAUCGCAAAUGAGAGGUAAACUUUAAGACAUGCGUGUGAGUCAUAGGCGUUUUCAUCUUAUCCAGUCCGACCAGACCUCUGAAAGUUACUUUAAAUCAACUUUCGCGAAUGCGAGUUAAAUGUUUCUUUAUCAUGCUAGUCGCCUGUUGCGAGAGGAAUGAUCACCCCGUGUCUACCGGGGCAGUCGUUUGAGCCGCUGUACAUGAAAAUAAAGUCGGAUCUGAUCACCGGGGUCUUGAUUUCCCGAAAGUCCGGAUUGAGGCUUCAAACUUCAGACAGGCGAGAGAUAGUUACUUUGUACUGAUAACUACUGUGUGAUACUAGAUUUUUAUAUCGACGUCGAGGAACUUUCUUAUACUGCAGUAUCCAGUAACUGAAAUCCUUUACCGAUUAGGUGGUUCGAUCCGAAUGCUAUUUAAUUUUACCGGUGUACGAAGGUUUCGUAGCACGCUGGUUCCGUCAGACCUGACUCGGACAUCUUUCGGGAGCUUUCUGAAAAUUUUUGAUACAGACAGACCCUCGAUGGCAAAUCGAAUCGUUUUUCUAGGUUUGUUUCCCCAACCUCUUUGUCUCAAACAUAGCCGGCUCACGGUCGCCAUGCCACAGCGUCGUUAUCAGAUUUUGGGGCAUUUUCUUAGACGACUGACGUGCCAGAUCUCAGCCCAUCACGCCCUGGCCGAUAGCUGCUUGUUCGUCAGACCGUAGGACUAAUGCAGUUUUCUAGCUAACCUCAGUUGAAGGCCGUCUUACUACCCUCUGCCUACUUGUGCGCCGUCUAAGCACCAGUCAAACUGUCGAGCAAAUCCGACUGUCGCGACGCUCGUCGGAUAGCUUGCCCGAUCCAGCAAGGCCAACGAGCUUUUCGCAAUUGGGUUGUCACUUUAAUCAUUCAAAUCUGCCAAUACACCUAUAGGAGAUUCGCUGCCAGCCACCUCGUGUAUUUGCCGUCAGCUUUUUCUUCCUCGAUGUAGGUUGCAAGAUCCUGAUAUUGAAAAGCCUCUUUCUCCUUUUUUUUCUUUCUUUAGGCAAGUACUCUGCUAAAGCGUCACUUCGUUUCAGAGCGAGCUACCCGCACCCGAAAUAAUUCAGCUGAGGAAGUCCGUUCGAACCAGCAGGUGGCAGCGGAGUCUCUGUCCGGCACCGAAGCCGCUAAAUUCUACCUGUCUGUGAUUAAUGAUGCCAAUUCCGCCGAACCCCCCACACCUUCCGUUGAGCAGCAUCGCCUGUGCCCUGUUUGUAGGCAAAAAGGUGACCCCAGCUCCUCGGCUCACAUCUCCUCCCUGGCACACCAAGUGGCCCUCCUCUCCACCAACCGGCCUCGGCCCUCGCCGCUCUUCAUCCCACCCUCCA